AUGGGUACGGAAAAAAAGUUGACAACGCAUACGCAGGCUUCCGCUCCCUCCGUGAAAAGAUCCACUCGCCAAUUUAAGGUGGUCGGUGCUCGGACUGAGCGAAUUGACUUCACAAAAGACGUUAAUAAAGUGACAAUUGCUCCACCUGGGUCCAGUGUUGGACGGCGAGGAAAGAGCGCUGGCUGGUACUGUGAAGCAUGUGAUGAGACAUAUCGCGAUUCAUUAAGUUGGUUGGAUCAUUUAAACAGUGCUCAGCAUUUGCGAAAAACUCGAACAGUCAUUUCGGACGAGCGUGCAACAGUGGACCAAGUCCGGGAACGCAUUGAGUACUGGAAAAACUUACUCAAGUCACCACAGGAGGGCUCUGCUGAGUAUGAUUUGAAGGCCAGAGUUGCUGCUUAUCAUAAACAACGGCAAAAGGAAAAGGAGCUCAAGAAAUUACGCAAGAAACAACGGUCUAACGCCACCCAUGCUGUCGACGACGCAGGGAUUGACCCUCAAUUGGCAAGUGUUAUGGGCAUAACGGGUUUUGGAAGCACAAAAACUUAG